AUGUACGACGAAAUUCUAAAUACAAACUUAUGUGGGACGAUUUUCAAAGCUUGCAAGCUCAGCAGAAAUUGGGUUUAUGCAUACACGGGGGAAUUUCCAUCUCAAGAUGACUUGGACUUUGACCACAACAGAAUAGUAAACGACAUCAAGCGAGUUCUGGAUCUACCAGAAAUGUCAGAAAACAGCGUGAUGGUCUUGAAUCUUGGCUUGCAUUACUUGACAUCAACCAAUUUUUCAAAUUAUGUCAAGUUACUUCGCGGAGUUGUGAACGUUUUUAAGGCUCGCGAAAGGGAAGGGAGAAAAACUGCGAAAAUGAUAUGGAAAACGACUACGGAAGUUUCGAAGCAUAAGGACACGAACGAGUUGCUCUAUUCUGAUUUUAAACGAUUCUUGAAUAAUCCGGUAAGUUAUGUAGUCUGCAGAUGCAGUUCUUCAAUGCAAGAAAUUCGUGCAUGGCAAUCCGUGAUUUUGAAUUUUAUUUUUGACAAAAACAAUUGAAUUUGAAUGGCAAUCCGUGAUUUUUAAUUUUAUUUUUGACAAAAACAAUUUUUCAUAUUUUAAAGGGGAAGUCAAGUCCGUAAUGUAAACAAACGGUUUGUUUACAUUUUGAACUGCUGUAUUUUUUAAAAUAUGAUCUACUGUCUGAAUAUCUAACACCAUUUUGGUUCGCUAUGCUUCUAAAUGAAUAUGAACUAAUAGAGUUUAUGUUCAGAAAAAUUCGAAACAUUCGAAAUUUGGGCAAUGUUCACAUUAGAGGUUCUCACAUUGUUAUGAGCAGAACCGAUGCGCAGAACGGACUUGACUUCCCCUUUAAAGAAAUGAAAAAUGAAGUUAUUUUUUCCAUUUUCAGACCCUAAGACCCACGGAUUUAUGGCGUCUCCAAACGACGCGUUGUGUUUCGAGAUAAAUUAUGGGUAACCACAAAGCUAUAGGGAAAGUUCUCUAAUUCGUUGGUAUAAUAAUAUCCGUUAAAAAUUAAAAAGCUGCGGGGAUUGAUUGAGAGAUACAACUACACGCGUAAAGAUCUCUGACAGCUUGUCAACAAGAUCGGUUCGCACUGCUUGUUCCCAGUUGUUGACAAGUCCGGAACAAGUUGUUAUCAUCUUGUAACAAGGUUGAUAAGGCCAACAGACUCGCAACAAGUCGUUCCAACAAGUCUGAUAUCGUUUGUACGUAACAAGUUGAUAACAAGUCGACGAACAGUGCGAAUACAUCCUGUAACAUCGGCUUGACAACAACCUUAUUAUAACUUGUUUGCAGAGCGGUAACAAAUUACACGAUUUUAUGUGUCUAUUUGGAAAAAUACAAGGGGAACGUCGACGGGAAGUUAAUUUGCAGAAAAUUUUGAAAAUUACAAGCCCAUGCAGAAAGUGCAUUUCCAGCUAUUCCCAACAAGUUUUGUUUAAAAAAUACGAAAAUACUGAAAAUACGCGGAGUGAUUAUAACUAGAGAAUACUCAUGAUUUAUAUGUGGUUUACAAGUAUAAAGGAUGGGGUGAAUUGGGGUAUACAAAUCCGCCGAUCCGCCCAAAUUUGAAGCAAAAUCCGCGAUCCGACAAUGGUCUUGUCUAAAUUUGAAUCCGCUAAAAGCUCUAGUAUGAAGUCACGAUCCAGGAUCCGAACUAAAUUGCAAGCUAAAUCCACACUCCGAGCCAAAAUAUUAGAUAAAUCCGCAAUCCGCUGUAUUAAUAAGAUUCGCAAAUCCGUGUAAAAUAUUCGCCAGAUCCGAAAUCUGAACAAUUUUUUCUGUGAAAUCCGACAACCGAAAACCUAUUCAUCCCCCCCCCCCUAUAAACUAUUAUAAAAUGGCGCCCGUUGAGAAAGAUCGUGACACUAUUUUUACGACAUUACGGCCAUAUCAGGAAAUAGACUUUACCUGCGGUAUGUCGGCGGGUCGGCUAUUGCCGUUAGCAGUUGAAACAAAUAAUUCACAAAACUCAAAAGAAUGUAUGCAUCGACAGCUGUAAACAAUGAUAGCGCGCAGGCAUGCAUAUGUGAACCAGAAUUUGAGGAGAAUACCUGAAAAAAAAUUAAAAUUUACAAAUUAGUCGUACGAUCAGUUCGAUAAGAAUGAUUCAAAUGGCCACAGUGCAACGUGUUUUUACUGUUUUACAUGAAGGGCGUUUAAACAAAGGAAUCUCAUUAUGAAUUCCAUCUACCUUUGUGUUAAAAUCUCGUGGGAUUACUUGAAAUCCAUGCAUCAAUAUGCAAAUCAUUCUUAUUUCGUGCAAGGUGAAUUCCUUUGCACAUUUUACUUAUGACAUUUUUGCUUCGAAUUCGUGUUUGGAUUGUACAUCAUUUCUUUAGAACAACUAACUUUAUAUAUCAUGUCCGCGAAGCAUGGUCAUUUCUGUGUUACUAUGUGUAAUAUGUGUUCAACUGCUCCUCUGACAUGUACUCGCAUCAUUGGACAGGUCAGUUAAUAUUAAAAAUGUAUUCACAACUUUCGUCUAAAUUGCUGAUAAAAUUGCUUACAACUUGAGUCUGUUGUACUGUGUAAAUCAAGCAUGCAACUCACCAACGAGUCGACGACAACGUAGGUAAGUUGUGUGCUUGAUUUACAAAGUGCAACUCAAGUUGUAAGCAGGUUGCAUGCGACAGUUUUAGGCAAAAGUUGUGUAGUGUAAAUCGGCCCUAAAUGGUUGCUUAUGCGGCUGGCAUAUCUUAUAGAGGCCGGCUUUAGAACUGGCGUGAAAAAAAGCAGAGAUAUAGUCGUAUUCGGUUUGGAUUGAGUGAAAAUCCUCUCUUGUCGCUAAAGAACGAUUUUCAUGAUAGACAGCCCCUAAUUGGCCCCUAACAUGUCGACAAAGCGGACUGAUAUCAGCAAAUAUCUUUGUGGAAGCAUGCUCAAAAUUGAUUGUCUGAGGCCCGACCUGUCAAACGCGAAUGAGAGUUAAUGAGAGUUAAUGGCGGUCACAUAUUGUUACAGUGAAUAUUCCAAGCUCUAGGACUAGGACUAGAUUAACAAGUUGUUAACAGCUUGUUCUAAAUUGUUACAACACCGGGCAUUUUUCAGAAAUUACAACUACUGUGGCUAAGUCUCAAUGAGGGCCUUUUCCUCACACAGUUACUCGCGUAUACAUAAAGACCAUGCUAUGCUGACUUUUAUAAGAUGGAAUGUCGAGAAUGUGAGAGAGUAUCAGAAAGCAGGCAGGUGCAGCUUUUUCAACAAGGAUGACUCUUUACUAAUGAUCGAAAGGGCCCAGCUCAUCGGCUGAAAAUAUUGCUUCACUACUAGGGCAAGCAAAGUCCAGGAAAUACCCAGUAGUAAAAAAGCCCUGUAAAUGCUCCAGUAGUUGUAUAGUUAAAAAUGCCCUGUUACAACAACUAGGAACAAGCAAUGCGAACACAACUUGUCGACAGCUUGUGAACAGAUUUGUAACAACUUGUUUGCAGACCUAUAACAACUUCGUGUGCGUUUUUACGCGUGUACGUGCAUGACUAAUUUACUCACAAUUUUGUGUGUAAAGAUUUACUUUAACUAAAGAAAUUAGUAAAAAUUCUGAUAAAUUUAUGUAAUUUUACUCUACAUCUUGACUGAGUCACUGUGGGUGUAUUAUUGUUAUAUUGGUUUGCAAUGUUAUAUCGUUAACGAAAUUUAGCUUGCCCCACGCGUUUAACUAUGCAUACUACAUACGUAAAAACGCACAAGUUGUUACAAAUCUGUUCACAAGCUGUCAACAAGUUGUGUUCGCAUUGCUUGUCCCAUGUUGUCAACACGUUUGCAACAAGCUGUUAACAACUUGCAACAAGCUUGAUGGCAUUAUCAGACUUGUUAAUUGCAAGGUUGUUCCAAAAAGUCCGAUAUAGUCAUGAUAUAACAAUACUCUUACAACUUGUGUGAACCUUUGUAACAAGUCUGAUAAUGACAUAAAACUUGUUACAAGUUGUUAAUAGCUUGUUCCAAACUUGUUACAACGACUGGGAACAAGCAGUGCGAACACAACUUGUCGACAACACGUGAACAGAUUUGUAACAACUUGUUUGCAGACCUGUAACAACUUGUGCGUUUUUACGUGUGUAAUAUGUUAUCUAUAAAGUCAUGCACAUACACAUGCAUGUGACAACGCACAAGUUGUUACAGGUCUGCAAACACGUUGUUACAAAUCGGUUCACAAGCUGUCGACAAGUUUGGAACAAGCUGUUAACAACUUCUGACAAGCUUGAUGGCAUAAUCAGACUAGUUACAAGGUUGUUAACAGCUUGUUCCAAACUUGCUGACAACUUGGGACAAGCAGUGCGAACACAACUUGUUGACGGCUUGUUGGCAGACUUGCUACAAGAUGUGAGAUUUUUACGUGUGUAGUUAACGAAGUUUAGCUUGGCCCACGCGUUAACCAUGCAUGCUAAUAUCUAUGCAAGAGAGACCGCGCAAGGCCGCAAUUUUAAGCGUUCCUGCGUGAUGUUCAAAGCAGAGAAACGCUUGACCUGAACCAUUGUCAAGAAUCUUCACUAAUUUUUCAGUUAGACAUAUGUGUUUCACAGAAAUACUAGACAUAUGUCAUACAUAAAUAUAGGAUUUUGUUUAGUUUAAUUUAUCAUGGUUCACGGUUAUAGUUUGGUUUCGCCCUUAGUUUAUGGUGCUUCCAAGCGCCGGGAGGGGCAGCUAUUUAAAAAGGACACUUACUUUUGAGCCUUAAUUUUUGUGGACCGCAAUAUUCAUUUAAAUUUUGUGUUGUGUGGAUACACGAUUUAGGACCUUUUUAAAAAUUUGUCAAUGGGGAGGGGUAGGGGCAUCUACAGAAGGGGACCACACUAUACUGAGUGUGAAGAGAUAACAUAUGGUUGUUGGUGACAAAACGUUUGGUGUGGCGUCAUAUGUAAUAGUAGGGAGGUCUGGGGACAUUCUCCCCCAGACAUUUUUCGUAUUUUUCCACCCCUAGGACUGCAUUACGUGCGUUUACUGCAUGGAACAGAUUUCCGAAUCUUCAGUUAAGCACCUGCAUGGUAUAUUUAUGUAAAUACCACAACAAGCUUUGCAAUAUUUAAAAUCUUAGCUAUUUACAACACAAUUUUUAGCAUUUUUAAAAAGACAUCGAAUCAUUUGAAGAUAAAAGACAUGACAUAAGAUUCACAAAGCAAGGUUCCGUUACUAGAAUGUCAAACCUUCCUUCUAAAUCCCAUUUUUCGUCCAACGUUUUGCUUAUAUUUUAGAGAAAAGGGACUUUGACUGGGGAGUGGGCGAAAUCGGCUUGACUGGGGAUCACCAUGGGGGCUGGAGGGCUUUGCCCUCCCCAGUUAUAUAGUUAAAAAGUCCCUGACUCGAUCACUUAAUUACAACCAAUAUAGUGAGACAAAUUCCGCCAUUGAUUGGAACAAUUUUAACGGGAUAGUGAGCACGGCUGUUUGAAAAGCAGAUAUUCUGCUACCGUGUGUUGUAAAUGAACGUAAAUAAUAAUAUAAAACAGGAUGUACACGGACUUCUGGAAAUCAGUUGAAGUCCUUGAAAAUCAGUAGAACUCCUUGAAAGUCCUGGAAUUCAUUUCCUUAACCUCCAGCUGUGCCAACAUUAUUGAUUUAAAUUAAAAUUACUGAAUAAAGUGAAUUAUUUGCUGGUUAAAGUCUAAAAUCCGUGCCAUUUUCAAAGUCUUUUUCUCAGUUCUAGGUCCUUGAAUUUACUGAAAAAGGGUCUUGAAAGUUCUGGAAAAGUCCCUGAAUUUCACCUUCACCAAAAGGUGGACAUUCUGAUAAAAACAAAAACUGAUCAUUCGUUUCUAUCAUUUCAGCGUGUCGCGAUGUUCAAUGCAUAUGCCACGUCAUUCAUGUGUCGUGAGGGAUUUGAGAUUCUCGACGUACAUCCGCUGACCGCAUCAUAUCCAGACGGCACAGGUGGGCCAAAAAUGGAGUAUUUUAAAGAACAUGACAUAGUUCAUUACAAAACGAACGUAACUAGGCCGUUUGAAGAUAUAUUAGCUGAGUAUCUCAUGGGAAAUCUCCCAGAGAAAUUAACCUUUGAAAAUUAUUUGUUCUCGUAG